AUGACGGAGAAAGCCCCGACCGAGGCGCAGAUCGCGCAUCAGCAACUCAUCGAGAAGCUCGACAUCCACUCUGUGCACAAGAACUUCCGUAACCCCAAUUGGCGUCCCAAUCAACGCCGCAACAAGAACCUCAAGGCCAUUGUGGGAGAUGCCACCCGACGCGAGGCCUCUGCUCUGGUCACGCCCAACGGACAGUCGGGCGUCGCCUCUCCAUCCAGAGGCGGUAACCAAGAUGACGGCCUAUCGACGAGCGGCACAUCGACGCCAGCCACAAACAACAGCAACGGAAAUGGGCCCAACUUGGCGCAAGCAUCACGGAGUUUGUCGAAGCUGGUGUUGGAGAAGACCCUGAAGACGCAGCCUGGCGCGACACCAGGGACGGUCAUGACGGCACCGACUGCCACUUACACAAACAUUGAGUCGGCGCCCUCGCUGGCGCACUCCAAGAGAUACUGCGACAUUACAGGUCUACCGGCCCCAUACCUCGAUCCCAAGUCGAGACUACGCUAUCAUAAUAAGGAGGUCUUCGGGAUGGUGCGAUCGAUACCCCAGACAACGGCGGAGCAGUUCCUCGAAGCACGUGGCGCGCACGUCGUGCUCAAAUGA